CAACCCAAAAGGCCACUGAUUCCGUCACGUUAUCCACUCUCUCUCCCACCUCCCUCUUCCUCUCUGUGUGCAAGGAGGAGCAAGAGCAAGAGUUACAGAGAGAGAAAAUGGCAGUCGCCGGAGGUCUGCAACUCUCAGCUCCUUCUCAUGGCUGCCAAGGCCAAGUCUUACUAAGUUCAACGAAGUCAACUCUCUUCGCCGGGUCCCCACUCAGCUUCUCCCUCUCCACCUAUGGAAAAGAAUCCUUUUGUCGGAAGAACCUCGUUGUGUUUGCUCGGAGACUUUCGGGGUUGGAGGAGGCCAUGAGAAUUAAAAGAGAUCGUGAGACUCGGCAGCUUGCGCCAAAGAUUGGAAGAAGGCCGCCAUUGAGGCGUGGAAGGGUGUCGCCACAACUUCCCGUUCCAGAUCACAUUCCUAGGCCUCCUUAUGUUGGUUCAUCUAUAUUGCCAGAAAUUGCCAGUGAACAUCAAUUUCCUGGUUCUGAAGGCAUUGCUGAUAUGCGAGCUGCGUGCGAGCUUGCUGCUCGCGUCUUAGAAUCUGCAGGAAAGUUGGUUAGGCCGUCAAUAACAACUAAUGAAAUUGACAUAGCAGUGCACCAGAUGAUUGUUGAUGCUGGUGCCUAUCCCUCACCACUUGGCUAUGGAGGAUUUCCGAAGAGUGUAUGCACAUCUGUUAACGAGUGCAUGUGCCAUGGAAUUCCUGAUUCUCGACAGUUACAGAGUGGAGACAUUAUCAACAUAGAUGUGACGGUCUACCUAAAUGGAUAUCAUGGAGACACAUCAAAGACCUUUCUUUGUGGGGAGGUCAGUGAAUCAAUCCAACGACUACUGAAGGUAACCGAAGAAUGCUUGGAAAAAGGCAUAGCAGUUUGCAAGGACGGUGCUAGCUUCAAGAAAAUUGGAAAGAGAAUUAGCGAACAUGCUGAAAAAUAUGGUUAUGGCGUAGUAGAGCGCUUUGUUGGGCACGGUGUAGGGACUGUAUUUCAUUCUGAACCAUUAAUAUUACAUCACCGGAAUGACCAGUCUGGUUCCAUGGUUGAAGGUCAGACAUUUACCAUUGAACCCAUCCUUACAAUGGGAAGCAUCGAGUGUAAAACGUGGCCGGACAAUUGGACGACGCUGACCGCGGACGGUAGCCCGGCUGCGCAGUUUGAACAUACCAUUCUGAUUACUAGAACCGGUGCUGAGAUUUUGACAACAUGUUAACCUGGUACUUUUCCUUUUCUUCCCUAAAAUUACCGACCAUGUUUGUCGUGGACAAGCAUUCGCUUACCGUCCAAGUCUCCACGGUGGUGUAGCGUUCAGCACGUGUUUUUAGGACGAAUGAAUUUUCCCCAGCCGAGGGCAGGCGGCCAGUCACCUUCGAGAGUCUCAUGUUUGACCAAGCGAAAGUGCAAAGUAUGCAACUGCUUAUGGAACCGCAAAAUGCCUGUAAAUAAUUAUUUAACAUUGAGAUUUUUCAAUUGUAAAUAAUUGUUUCUCCCUAACCAAGAAAAACUCUCGUCGAUUGUUGUUAGAUGAAUUUGAAUUUUGAAAUUUAUAGUGGAGAUUUGAUUAUGUCA